AUGCGCUCCUCGACCCCCUGUGCCCUGGUCGUAACAAGGGGCUUUAAAGAUCUUUUGCGAAUCGGUGAUCAAACAAGACCAAAGUUGUUCGACCUCAACAUUCGUCGGCCAGAGACACUUUUCAAAGAAGUGCUCGAAAUUGACGAGAGGAUAACCUUGUACGAUUCUACCGAAGAAUCAACAGGCUUGAGCAAUGCAGACAAAGAGCUCUUGGGGCUCAAAAGAGGUGUCGGUGGGGAGUACACCCAGGUCAUCAAGCCCAUAGACAUUGAGGGAGCCAAACAUGGCCUACAAGGUCUGUUUGACCAAGGCGUCCGCGCUCUAGCAAUUACGCUUCUUCACUCUUAUACCUUUCCUGACCAUGAACUGGAGCUUGCCCGUCUGGCAGAUGAGAUAGGUUUCACCGAGGUGUCCCUUUCAUCACAGAUCUUCCCGAUGAUCAAAGCAAUCUCACGAGGCUACUCCUCCACCGCCGACGCAUACCUGACCCCCCUUACAAAAGCGUACAUCAAUGGCUUCCGAAGUGGCUUUAUUGGUGGACUUGAAGACUCCAACGGAGCGAGAUGUGAGUUUAUGCAGAGCGAUGGCGGUCUUGUCAACUGGCAGAACUUCAGCGGCCUCAAAGCUAUUCUCUCUGGACCUGCAGGCGGUGUACCUAUCAUUGGGUUUGAUAUGGGUGGUACCAGUACGGAUGUCUCGAGAUAUGCUGGUCAUCUUGAACACACCUUCGAGUCCAUUACGGCAGGAAUCACGAUCCAAAGCCCACAACUUGAGGUAGACACAGUUGCAGCAGGAGGGGGCAGUAUCUUAUCCUACAGUAAUGGGCUGUUCCACGCUGGACCAGAAUCGGCCAGUGCUCACCCGGGACCUGUUGCAUACCGCAAAGGAGGGCCACUAACUGUGACAGAUUCCAAUCUAGUUCUGGGUCGCCUACAGUCUCAGUACUUUCCGAAAAUAUUCGGUCCGAAUGAGAAUGAGCUUCUGGAUUAUGAUGGGAGCAGGGCUGCGUUUGAGGAGUUGUUAGCUACUGUCAAUGCUGAUAUGACGGCUGCUGGUGCUCCUACAAAGACAGUUGAAGAGCUGGCCCUUGGGUUCUUGCAGGUGGCAAAUGAGACCAUGUGCAGACCUAUUCGAUCCCUGACAGAAGCCAAGGGAUGUCGUACAUCGGACCAUGAGCUGACUGUAUUUGGCGGAGCUGGAGGACAACAUGCCUGCGCCAUAGCAGCAAACCUUGGAAUCGAUCGGAUCUUGAUCCAUCGUUACUCGUCUAUUCUAUCCGCUUAUGGUAUGGCGUUGGCGGAUCUUGUUCACGACAUUCAGCUACCAUGUACUCUGCCCCUGGAGACGUCUCUGGCCGAGCUUGAUGCCCGCCUCAAGGAUCUGGAGUCCAGAGCGACUGAGAAGCUCAUUUCGGACGGCGUAUCAAUGCAGUCUAUCACGUUCCAGCAUUUUCUCAACCUUCGAUACGUGGGGUCAGACACAACGUUUAUGAUUCCACGUCCAGAACAAGGGACAUGGUCUGAAGCCUUCACCGCUGAGAAUAAGAGACAAUUCUCCUUCGUAAUGUCUGGGCGCGAUAUUCUUGUCGAGAAUGUGAGAGUGCGGGCCACCGCACAGAGCCCUUCGGUAGAGCCAGGCUUCAACUUAGAAAAGCAAAUAGACGCAUCUCCACUGACAGCUAUUUCCAAUGGCAAGAUUUUGAACAGCGUCAGGGUAUAUUUCCAAAAGGGCUGGUCUGAUGCUCCCCUGUACCUCCUCAACUCUCUCGACAAGGGCUGCGUUGUCCAAGGUCCUGCUAUCAUUCUUGAUGACCUACAGACCAUUAUUGUUAGCCCUGAAGCUAAAGCGAUUAUUCUCGAGCGCCAUGUUGUUCAGGAGCUGGAGAGCGAGCCAAAAGUGAAGCAUAGUGGAGAGAAAAUGACUGGUCCAAAAAGAGUUGAUCCUGUUGAGCUCACGGUCUUAUCUCACCGCUUCAUGAGCAUCGCGGAACAGAUGGGCCAUGCCCUCCAAAAGACGAGUGUCUCGGUUAAUACCAAGGAGCGCCUGGACUUCAGUUGCGCCUUGUUCAGUCCUGAUGGUCGUCUUGUUGCCAAUGCUCCUCAUGUGCCGAGGACAGCUCUGCCCCGGAGACGUUCUUGUGGCAAACCACCCGAUCUCAGGCGGAACACACCUACCGGAUAUUACUUGUAUCACGCCCGUUUUCAUAAUGAGGGCAAGGACAUCAUUUUCUACACCGCAUCGAGAGGACACCACCAAGAGAUUGGAGGGAUUCUUCCUGGCUCUAUGCCUGCUGGUAGUGUCAGUCUAUACGAAGAGGGAGCUAUGAUUGUGUCAGAGUUUCUAGUCAAAGAUGGCAAAUUUGACGAAGAGAUGAUUACGAGGAUCAUGCUAGAGGAGCCGUCAAGACUUCCUGGUUGCUCGGGCACAAGAAAGCUUGCAGAUAACAUCAACGACCUGAAGGCUCAGGUAUCAGCCAAUGCUAAAGGAGCAUCCUUGGUCUCAGAACUGAUAUCUGAAUAUGGCCUUGAGAAUGUGCAUUUCAAUAUGCAUGCCAUCACCGACAAUGCCGAGGCCUGCGUUCGAGAUUUCCUUUUGCGCACGUAUAAAGAAACUGGAGGGAAACCUCUAUUUGCUCUCGACCACAUGGAUGAUGGCACGCCUAUCCAGCUCACUAUCACUAUUGAUCCCGACACUGCGUCAGCACAUCUUGACUGGACUGGUACUGAUGAGCAAGGGUACCAUUCAUUCAACGCCCCCCAAGCCAUCACUCGAAGCGCCACUCUUUACGUGAUGCGAUGUCUUAUAAAGCAGGAUAUUCCUCUGAAAGAAGGUUGUCUCCGCCCUCUCACAUUCACAAUUCCAGAGGGCAGCAUUCUUAAUCCAUCACCUGAAGCUGCCGUUUGUGCCGGCAAUCCUAUUACAUCACAGAGGGUGACUGAUGUGCUUAUCAAGGCAUUUGCAGCAUCUGCUGCCAGUCAGGGCGACUGCAACGUUGUUUCCUUUGGUAUAGAUGGCAAUAUCGACGCUGCAACUGGUAACUUGAUACCUGAUAUAGGCUUUGUCUUUUGUGAGACUAUUUGCGGCGGGAGUGGUGCUGGUCCGGGCUGGCACGGCACAAGCGGCGUGCAUGUCCACAUGACCAACACCAAGAUUUGCGAUCCAGAGAUCAUAGAGAAGCGAUAUCCUAUAGUCGUGCGCGAGUUCAGCAUACGGGAUGAUUCUGGUGGCAAAGGCCAGUGGAACGGCGGUAACGGCAUCCGUCGAGUGUAUGAGUUUGGUCGAGAUAUGGGCUGUUCUGUGCUUAUAUUCUCUUAG